AUGCUCGUGACCAAGACCAAGCUUGUCCAAGCGGGCCGCAAAAUCUGGCAGCAUCAACGCUACCAUGGAUGUCAGCGAUCGCACCCACAGUGCUUGGUGGCAGACAGCCCGGUUUCCGCGCUAGGAUUAUGCACGCAAAUCCGCUGCAAGCAGCCGCAUUGUAUGCCGGCACCUGCACCACUUGCGGAAAUGACCAGACGUCUCAGACAUAUGGCUUUCGCAAUCGUCUCUCAUACCCUCACCCUGUAUCAGUUGAACUACUCCCAAACGCCUUCGCUCUCCAAAAUGGCAGGCAAUGCUUUUAACAGUUAA